AUGUUGCCCUACUUCGAGCGGGCCAUCAUAUUCGACGUGCGAGCUAGACCACACAUGGUGACCUCAAACACAGGAACGCGAGACUUGCAAACGGUCAACCUAACACUCAGGGCCCUCUGCAAGCCAGACUCAGAGAAGCUCCCUGAGAUCUACAGGAACCUAGGCUUGGACUUCGAUGACAAAGUGAUGCCUUCUAUUGCCAACGAGGUGUUGAAGAGCGUAGUGGCACAGUACAAUGCCUCGCAGCUGAUCACGCAGCGAGAAAUGGUUAGCCGAAUGAUCAGACAGCGACUCAUCCAAAGAGCAUCGGACUUUGGCAUACUCCUCGUCUCCCCAGCUGCUCUUGCAGGGAAGGGAUCCGUGCACGUUUCUGUAGUGGCUCGAUGUGGUUCGGAGUUCACUCAUCAUGCACAGGAUCCAUCUGUCAAGGAGUCUUUGCAUCGCAACUACUGGGAUAUACCUGGAGCCUUGUUGAAGUUUGGCUUUGCAAGUCUCUUCGAGUCGGUUUACUACAUGGACCUUGACACCGAUCGAUCAGAUCAGGUGCAUGCUCGAGCUUCCGGGGGUUGGAGAACACGUGAGUUGUGCGCAGCGGCCUGUUCUUUGAUGCAUUUUGAUGCCAUGAAGGGCCCUCCUAUCCCCAAGACUGUCUGCCAGUGGAGUGACCGUGAAGGGUUGCUCGGGAAAGCUUCGUUCGCCAGGACGACGUUGCCAUCACUCAUCUGA